GCAGAGUUAUUUCCGUUAGGUUCAUAAACGGAAUGUACAAACGUGCACCCGGAUCCAAAACAGGAUCCAAAGCAAGUUGUGGCCGCCGCUAAACGCGAUUCAGUAAUUCAACUUCACAGCACGCUCUGAUUACCAUAUUACGCCAAGUUCGAUUAGGGUUUUACAUCCCUUCGUUGUCUGUGGAUUCAUACGUGUUUCAUACCGUUAACACACCCAAGCUUCGAUCAAGAAUCGACUCUUCUCAAAACUCGCUCUUAGCUAUUCUCUCUGAAAGAAAUUACAUUUUCACAUCGAGAAAUGCCUUUCUCUGGUAUACAAAACUGAACGAAGAUGGCAUUUUGGUGUCGAAUCAAGCAGUCGAACCUCAAAAGCUUAUCAAACCAAUUCAAGAGACGUUAUUCUCAAAUUCCAGGACCUUGUUCGGUCAAUCACGCUGCUGGGCACACCAGAAUUCGCGUACUCGAUAAACCAUGUUUGAUUAUUCACAACAACCCAUUCGUGCCUCGUAACAAUGUGAGGUUCUUCGCCGCACCUGUCCAGUUCACCUCAAGGAGGAAGGAAGACUCAAGUGGGCCACGAUUGAAUGAGAAAAUUACAGCUGAGGUCGUUAGGCUUGUGACUGAUGAAGGGCAUUUUAUAGUGUCAAGGCGCGAAGCACUUGAACGUGCAAAGAGACUCGAGCUUGAUUUAGUUGAGGUUCAACGAACUGCUAAGCCGCCAGUCUGCAAACUAAUGGACUACCAUAAAGAAAGGUACAAACAAAAACAAAUAGUAAAGGAAAAAGUGCGUGCUAAAAGCAAGUCUGAAGUGACUUUAAGGACAGGAGUGUUCAAAGAAAUUCGAUUUACUGAAAAAAUUGAACAAAAAGACCUUCAAAUGAAAGCAGACAUGGCUAAGAGAAUGAUGGAGCGUGGGUAUCGGGUGAAGUGUACGGCCAUGGGUACGAACAUGGGUACACCCAAGGAUGAAAAAGAAGCAGCAGCUCAGAGGGAGGCCUUGGCAGUGUUGCUAUCUCGUAUUUCAACUCUGAUUGAAGAUUUUUCUAUUGUAGACACUGGACCUCAGGUGGAGAAAAAGCAAGCAUAUCUCAUUGCCAGACAUGUCAAGUUCGGACCAUCAAAGAAAGGUUCAGGAAAGAAAGCUUCCAAAGAUAGGGCCACAAGUGAUGUGGUUCAAGAGUCCAAUGAGAGUCCUCUACAGUUUGAAGAAAAUUCGGAUACUGCGGACUCUAGCCUGGAAAGUGAGGAUGACUCUGAUUUUGAACAAUUAGAAACAGAGUAUGAAGAAGUUCCAGCUUCCCCAUUCGUGGCUUCACAAGCGACUGAGAAUCGGUACAAGAGUGGACCAAGUAACAGAUCCCCACCUAGAACACCAAUGGAUUUUAGAGGCCCAGGUUUACAAGAAGCACCUCUCUCCCCUAAAUUUGAUUCUACAACAACAGAUGAAGUUCCAUCUUCCCCAUUCGUGGCUCGACAAGGGACUGAGAAUCGAUACAAGAGUGGACCAAGUAACAGAUCCCCACCUAGAACACCAAUGGAUUUUAGAGGCCCUGGUGUACAAGAAGCACCUAUCUCCCCUAAAUUUGAUUCUACAACAACAGAUGAAGUUCCAUCUUCCCCAUUCGUGGCUCGACAAGGGACUGAGAAUCGAUACAAGAGUGGACCAAGUAGCAGAUCCCCACCUAGAACACCAAUGGAUUUUAGAGGCCCAAGUUUACAAGAAGCACCUAUUUCGCCUAAAUUUGAUUCUACAACAACAGAUGAAGUUCCAGCUCCCUCCUUUGUGGCUGGACAAGUGAUGGAGAAUCGAUACAAGAGUGGACCAAGUAACAGGUCCCCACCUAGAACACCAAUGGAUUUUAGAGGCCCAGGUGUACAAGAAGCACCUAUUUCCCCUAAAUUUAAUUCUACAACAACACAUGAGGUUCCAUCUUCCCCAUUCGUGGCUCAACAACCGACUGAGAAUCGGUACAAGAGUGGACCAAGUAACAGGUCCCUACCUAGAACACCAAUGGAUUUCAGAGGCCCAAGUGUACAAGAAGCACCUAUUUCCCCUAAAUUUAAUUCUACAACACAUGAAGUUCCAUCUUCCCCAUUCGUGGCUCGACAACCGACUGAGAAUCGAUACAAGAGUGGACCAAGUAACGGAUCCCCACCUAGAACACCAAUGGAUUUUAGGGGCCCAGGUGUGAGAGACUCAGUCAGGUCAGAACCCCAAUUAUCUAACCAACCAAGGCAACCAAAAUUUGAUCUAAAUUUCCCGUCCCCGACGAGAGAACCAAUGGAUUUUAGGGGUCUGAGAGAUUCAGUGAGGUCAGAACCCGAAUUAUCUAACCAACAAAGGCAACCAAAAUUUGGUCUAAAUUUCCCGCCACCGACAAGAGAAGCCAAGCGAGUUGAAACUGAUGCUUCCUUAUUUAGCAACUUGAAAUCUCCUGCUGAAGAGAUUCCAAAGCAAGAAGCUUUGCAUCCUAGUGCUCCCAGUUCUCCUAAAAGUUACGGGAUUUUUAGCUCUCCAAAAGCUAGUGAUAAGUGAUACUCCUCGGCAACCAGGUGCACCAGCUGAAGUUAAGAGGUACAAGUGAGGAAAUCCGUUCGGUUAGCGCAUGAUGGAUCAUUGUUAUUCGUAGAUGGUAUACUAAUCAUUGUUGAAUAUCCCUCCUAUUUGUUUUUUUAUCAUUGUGAUUUUUAGGGGGCCGUAUUUGGCCCUUGGGUAGCUUUUGCAGAUGCCCAUUUCCCAAUCUUACUUGCUCAAUAUAUAUGUAUCAUAGAACGUUUUUUUGUAGUAUGAACUGAAUAUUAUUGGGACGAGUCUGAUUACCAAGGCAUUAGCUCUGGUUGGGCUCUAACGAUGGUGUAACUUGGGUAUUGGUAUAACUCAUAUCAUAUUCUUAUUGUUCUUAUA